AUGAAAGAAGACAACAUUAAUAAUGAUAUAUCCCUUGAUGAAAAGGACAUAAGUAGGCAGGAGUCACUUUUUUAUGAUACUUCUAUUGCUCAUAGAAAUAUAAAACCUUUUGUUAGACCCCCAAUAUGUAGUGUUUCUACAGCUACAGAUUCUUUUAGAUGUUCUACAUAUUCUAAUCCUAAUUAUAUGACUUGUCCAUAUAUUAACUCUUAUGAGAAUUGUACUGAGAAUAAUAAACAUGUGGAUGGAUUGAGAGAAAAAAAUGGAAAAUAUAAAAAAUGUGAAGAAGAUGAUAAGAAGGAUUUGAAUUAUAUGUCUGAUAAUGGAUAUGUAGAUCCAUAUAAUAUAUAUAGAAUUGAAAAAAAAGACGAUAUAUAUUUUUCGAUGUUUAAAAAUGAAGAAUCGAAUAUAAAAAACAAAGAAAGUAAUCAUAAUAAUAGUAAGUACCCUUUUGAUGGUUGUACAAAAGAUUUGAAAAUAUAUACAAAUGUUUAUGAGGAUAGUAAGAAUUUUUCUUCUCUUCUUAGUAAAGAUAGUAUUUAUCAUAAUUCCAUAUCAAACAAUCAUAUGACAAAUAAAAUACCGUUUUAUAAUAAAGAGAAUUUAAAAAAUAUAAAUAAUAAUAAUAAUUAUUAUUAUUAUAAUAAUGAUAUAAAAAUGAAGAGAAAUACAAUUAACCAUGAUGAGAUAUUCAAACCAAUUGCUUAUGAAAAAAAUGGUAUAAAUAUAAUUAAUAAACAAACAUACGAUACUUAUAAAAAGGAUGAAAAAUAUCCAUACCUUUCAUAUGAUGAAAAAUAUAAUGAUAUGAUGAUUAUGCUUAUGAGCGGAUUAAAUAUAAAAGAUAACUAUAAUAACAUUUGUGAUAAUAAUAAUAACAAAGAAGAAGAAAAUCCAGUUGACCAUAAAAAUAUUCAAGAUGUAAACAAAAACGAAAAUUAUUUUAAAGAUUAUAUAUCUGAUGUAUAUCAUAAUUUAAUAAAUGAAAAUAUAAACAAUAAUAAAGAAAUAAAUAAUAUUAAUAAAUAUAAUAUAUUUAAUAAUUAUAUAGACAAUGAUAACAUAAAUAGUGAUGAUAAUUAUAUAUAUAUGAAUAGGGAAAACAAUCAAGAUGUUAACAAAAAUAUAUUUUCUUUUUGUAAGUCAAAUUUAAACUUGAAAAAGGAAAACAACAAUAUAUAUGAUACAUGUAAAGUGUUUAUAAAUAAAGAUUAUAAGGAAGAUAUACUUGGUAAUAAUAAUAUAGAAGAUAUACUUGGUAAAAAUAAUAUAGAACAUAUUCUUGAUAAUAACAAUAUAGAAGAUAUACUUGGUAAAAAUAAUAUAGAACAUAUUCUUGAUAAUAACAAUAUAGAAGAUAUACUUGGUAAAAAUAAUAUAGAAUAUAUUCUUGAUAAUAAUAAUAAUAUAGAACAUAUACUUGAUAAUAACAAUAUAGAAGAUAUACCUUAUAAUUAUAAUCAAGCAUAUAUUCUUGAUAAUAAUAAUAAUAUAGAAGAUACAUUUGAUAAUUACCAUAAUGACAAUACAUUUACAAAUGAUUAUUUUUAUAAUUUAAAAAAAGGAAAAAAAGUUAGCUUUGACAUAAAUAUAAAUAAAAAUAAAAUAAUAGAUCACUCAUCUUCAAUUAACGAAUCGUACCCAUUUUUUUUACAAAACAACAUAAAAGAUAAUAAAAAAAAUUCUUUGGAUAAUCCAUGUGUGGAUUUAAAUAUAUAUCCUAAUGAUCUUAAUGAAGUAAUAUUGCACGAUUCUGAAGAUAAAAAUAUAUUGAUUGAUGAUGAUUAUAUACUCAAAAGGGAAGAUGUAAUAAUUGACGAAAAAGAAAAUAAAAGACCAGAUGUUGAUACAAAUAAAAAUUCAAUAAUACAAAAAGAAGAAAAUAUUAAGGACAAUAUAAAUGAGUUCAUCCUGUCGAAUAAUAUAACUCAUAAAAAUGAUUACAUAAAUAUUAACAAUAUUGAUGAUGAAAAAAUGGUAAAAGGUUUCCAUAAAAAGGAAAUAUUUGCACAUAUAAAAGAAAAUGAUGAUAAGAAUAAUAAUAAUGAUAAUAAUAAUUAUAUGGAUAGUAAUAACUAUGCAAAAAAUAAUUGUAAUACUUGUUAUUAUAAUUAUAACAAUGGGUGGUGCGAUAAAUCAUCCAUUUUGUCUGAAAAUCGUAUAUGUAACUAUAAUGAUAUACAAUAUAAUUUUUCUUCCAAUUAUUCAAACAAUGUUAUAUACCCUUUACAUAAUGAAAGUAAUAUACAUGGAGAAAACUCACCAUUGGCAUAUAUAAAAGAUGAGGAGCCUUUAGUUUUUGUUAAUGAUGAGUAUGAUAAUAAAAAUAAAUUAAAUGAUAUGCUAUGUUUAGACAACUGUUUAUGUGAUUCAUGUGUAAGUAUAAAUGAAGAAUUGUUAUCUAAGGAAGAAAACAAUAAAAAGAAUAUUUUUGAAAACAUGAAAACAUAUAAUUUUUUAUGUAAUUUGUUAAAUGAUAAACAAGAUGAAGAUUUUAGAGAUAAUAAUAAUGAAUAUAUAACAAGUCAAUCCUGUUUUGAAGAAAAUAAUAAUAUGAAUCAUACAUAUGAUAACUAUAUUUUUGAUAAUAUAAACGAAGAAUAUGAUAAUACCCCUUUUAAGGAAAAUAUUAUAUAUCCCGAAAAUUAUAACAAUAUAUUACAACAUAAAAAAAAAGACAAGGAUAUAAUAAUAAAAAAAAAAAAAUCACUUGCUAAAUAUACCUUAAUUGUUAAUGUUCCACCUAAUACAACAAGAAAAGAUUUAAUGAAUGUAUUUAGUCAAUUUGGAAAUGUUGAUUUAACUAUGGUAGUAUGUGAUAAAGAAUCUAGACAUCCCAAUAAAGAAUGGACUGCUACAUCAGGUUAUUCAUUUGUACGUUUUUCAACAAAUAUAGAGGCUAGAAAAACAUUAACAGCUGCCACAUGUGGAUUAAUUAAAAUACGUGGAAGUAAAGUAAGAGCUACUUGGGCCAAAAAAGAUUCUUAUUCAAAAAAAGAAAAAGAUGAUAUAGUUUUAAAAAUACCUUCUUCUAUUUUAAUAAUUAAUAUACAAGAAUUUAAUUGUUGUAUUUGUAAAAUCUACUUAUCUUAUCAACCUAUUCUAUUCCCUUGCUGUUUUGUUUCUUCAUGCUCAGAUUGCUUAGCCAAUUAUAUUAUGAAUAAUAUAAACCAACCAAAUUUUAAAUGCCCUAAUUGUAAUAUUAUACUUAAUGACAAAAUUAUUAAACUUGAUAAAAAUGUCAAAGGUACUCUAGCAUUAUUAUAUAAAUAUUAUUCAAAUAUUAAAGUUAAAUGCCCACAUAACGGGUGUCUCUGGAUAGGAUAUCAAUACCAAUAUCUAAAUCAUUUUAUCUCUUGUAAAUAUAACAUAACACACCAAAUCCAAACAUAA